AUGCUUCUUACUUUACCAGAAUCUGCUUCACCCGAGUCUCCCUCAUCCGAAUCUCCUUCAUCUGAGUCUCUUUCACCAGAGAGUCCUCCACCAAAGUUUAACUCUCCUUCAUCUAAGCUCAUUUUACCCGAGUCUUUUUUGUCUGAGUUUGCUUCAUCCGAGCCUCUUUCACCCGAGCCUUCUUUACUCGAGUUCAUUUCACCCGAAUCUCCGUCAUCCAAGUCUCCUUCACCUAAGCCUCAAUCUGCAUUAUUCGUUGAUCGUGGAUUAAAAGUACAAGUCUGGCUCGAUGCUUCGGUCGACAAGGGGGGCUACAAUAACGGAAGAGGACGUGGAUCCCCAAUCUCUUGCGAUAGUCUUCUCGAUAUAGACACUCCUCAAGAUUGGUGGCAGAUGCUGCGCAAUCUCCAGCGAAUUAUCGACCUUCAAUUUCUAUCUCUUUUGGGAGCGAGCCCCGAGAUCGUCGAAGUGUUUGUUGUUUGGGAUGGAGAUGUCCCAUGGGAAUGCGACGGAUGGUCGAAAUGGUCGGAAUGGUUGAAAUGCAAGAGAUGGAAUGAUAUUGGGGUAAAAACAAUGAAAUUGUACAAUAUUGAGAAAGGUCCACGGUACAGGGUAAAUUUCGAGUUUCUACUCGAAUUGCUGGCUGAAAGGAAUUAUCGCGAUGCGAUACAUUGCUCUCUUAGUAGGCCACUAAUCUCAGAAAACACCCCAAUGACCAUGGACCACAUUAAGUGA